UCCACAGGGAGGCUGGCAGGCUGCAGAGCUGUGCACCGUGGGGCCAUGGAACCGCCCGCAGGGCCGGUGCUCUACCAAAAGCUGCUUCUCUGGGACCCCAGCUUGGGGUCUGAGGACGACGAGGAGGAGGAGACAUCAGAGCUGGUCGCUCCUGACACCCGGAGGCCCCACGACUCCUUGGGGAACAAGUUUGGCGGGCUGCCCGGGGUCUGGGCCCGCCUCGGUGCCGCCCUGCUGCUGCUGGCCGUUGCCUUCUCCCUGGCCGCGAGGCAGCUCUACACCGGGGGUGACCCUGCGGCAAGCCUGGGCUCAGCAGCCGCCCGGCCCGGCGGGCACCCCCACCACCCCGGCGUGUACCACCACGGGGCCAUCGUCAGCCCUGCAGCCACGUGCUCCCACCUGGGCCGAGAGCUGCUUGCCGCCGGCGGCAACGUCGUGGACGCAGGAGUGGGAGGAGCUUUGUGUCUGGCUGUGGUGCACCCCCAUGCCACAGGUCUAGGUGCCAUGUUCUGGGGUCUCCUCUACAACAGCACCUCGCGCAGUUCAACUGCCCUGACGUCCGGCCCGGCCCAGACCCUGGGCCCCGGCCUGGGGCUGCCGACCGCUCUGUCCACCCUGCGCUUGCUGCACAUGCACUUUGGCCACCUGCCCUGGCCGCGACUGCUGGUGGGCCCCGCCACGCUGGCUCGAGAGGGCUUCCUGGUGGACACAGCCCUGGCCGCGGCUCUGGCAGCCCGGGGCACAAAGGGCCUCUGUCCACUACUGUGCCACGCCGAUGGGACGCCCCUGGGCCCCGGGGCCCGAGCCACCAACCCCAAACUGGCAGCUGUCCUGCUCAGAGCAGCCCUUGCCCCCACCCCAGACCUUGCUGGGGACGCCCUGCUGAGCCUGCUGGUCAGAGACCUGGGGCUGCAGGGGCCCUCGUCUGGGCCCACGCCCGCCCUGGAGGCUGCACUGCAGCUAGCCGUGCCCCAGGGCAUCCUGUCCACCACCCCCAGCCCCUCGGCUGGUCCAGAGCUGCUGACAGUGCUGGGGGCAGCCCUGCGCUCCGGAGGGCCCAGCCCCGACCCCUGCCCAGCGCCCCUGCAAGCUCCCGUGACCCCUGUGGGCAGUGUCCUGGCCACCAUAGACAGCAGUGGCUCCGUGCUCCUCCUCGCCUCCUCACUCAACAGCUCCUUUGGCUCCGGACACCUGUCCCCGAGCACUGGGGUGCUACUUAGCAACCUGGUGGCCAAGCCAACGGCCAGUGCCUGGGCCUGCCCUCUCAUCCUCCAUGGCAGUGCGGAUGACACAGAGGCUGAUGUGUUGGGGCUGGUGGCUUCGGGAACCCCGGCAGUGGCCAGAGUCAUGACUCAUGCCUUGCUCAGUCACCUGGCUGUGCCCCAAACCCAGGCCCAGCCCCAGCAUCAGCAGGGACCGACACCGAGCACUAGUGUUUGUGGCCAAGGGAUCCUGCUCCAGGUGGCUGCUCAGGCAGAGCACGCCCACGUCUCCAGUGUCCCCAGUAGCUGCUGCACCUUCCAGGGGUUCUAA